GAGAAUCCUAUUGUCACCAUCGACGCGCCUCGCGACUUGGACCCCGGACAAGAGCGCCUGGAGAACGAGGAAUAUGCCAAGCUGAUGGUGGGCUAUCGCCCUCCAAGCGCAAGAGACUAUAAAGGCAUCUCUAAAGAGCAACAUGAGGCGCAAUGUCAAGCGUUGGUCGCAAAUGUUUUCCACAUGAUUGAGACCGAUCCUGCGGAUCAUCAGGCCUGUUUCCGCAAGUGCGUUGACAAGUGCGUCACGACGGGCGUUUUGCAUGCACACAACUGGCUGCAAUGGGACGGAUACAAGGAGUUGAGCGUCGAAAUGCACCAACUUGCCAAAGCAACACGGCGAACCGGCCAGGUGCAUAUCCUCAACGCCCCGAGCGUGAUAGCAGCCAUCACUGUUAUGAGCUUGCGCGAUAUGGAAGUAGUGGGCAACGAUGAUUUGACAGCACUGUUGAUCAGCCUCAAAACAUUUCAAUAUGCACACUCGUCCGUGGAGUAUUGGUCGGCAGAUGCAGGUUUCGGCGGAAUCAUCCACACAACCGAACCAUACGUGGGCCCCCGGUUGGAGGGAGGCUUGGUCAUUAACCUAGAUGCCGAGCCGGCAAUCGGACAAGCUGUGGCAGUCAUCAACACGACCCCCGUGCCAGUCGACAUCUCCAUGCUGAACAAUGCCCAGUUGAUGUUGGAAAUGCGGCAGUUUGACAUCCCACACUCACGUCCGCACACCUCAAGCCCACCA